AUGACAAGUGCACAUCAUAACAAAAAGCAUUCCUCUAGAGGUAGUCCAAGUUCAAGUGAACGUAAGCACUCCAGAUCUAAACAUGCUUGUAAUUCCAAAACAGAGCAUUUCAGGAGUAAGACAGAGAAGUUAAUUGACCCUAACAUUGCCAUUAUUUCAAAGAGCAGAAUUACGAGACAAUUAGGUAUAUACAACAAGGCUAAAAGAUCAAACACAAUUGUGAGAGAGAAUCUCAAACAAAAAGUAUGUAAAAAGAAAUUUGAAAAUGUCAAAGCAAAAACUGCAGAAGAUAUGGCUAAAGUUCUAGAUUGUUCCUCCUUCAAAAUACAACUAUCAUGCAGUGGCAGUCUGCAAGAAGGUCAAGAUUCUCCAGUCCAGCACAUUUUGGGAGAAAGAGACUCUCUAAUACAGAGCUCGGCUGGUACCAGUAAAACUCAGAGUACUUAUAGCUCUUGCAGUUCUACUGGGAGAUACAGCAACCCUGAUAAAAGUAGAAUUACCCCAGUGCGAAGGAAUACUCCUAGACAGAUUACACCUCAAAGUGAAUCUAUGCUAGCUUUUAAGACACCACUACAUGAAAUAUCAGAAAAUUUAACAGAGUCCUUGAGACCUUUGGAGACAUUUCAUGGAAGAAACUACUUGGUUGAGGUCCGGGGACAAUUGAGAAAAAUGUAUAAACAAAGUUCUGUCAAUAGCCAAAUACAAAGUAGAGCAGACAAUGUUGGUGUUGCCUCCCAAGUCCAAAAGCGAUGUCUUAAAAGAAAAUCAAAAGACUCAGAUGAAAUUGCAAGCUCAGCUGGGUUCAUAGGAAAUGAAAGUACUGCCCAGAAUAAUGAGAAACGUCACUGUGGUGACUUCCUAUUUCAAAAUGAACAACACAAUAAUUUGGCUGCUACAGAGAGUCAGUCACUGGUGGCAAAGGCACAGCAAGUCAAAGCAAUACAAGUAAUUUCUGCCAAGGAUUCAAGCAUUUAUUCCUGUAGAGGAACACGUCAACCAAAACAUUACCAGGAUCUAUGCUCUAGUGCUGGGAAGAGAGAGGCAAGACCUAACAAGGAAAAGGACUACUUGUAUGGCAGUGAUGUUCAGAGAUGUUUGUUUGAACAAAGCAACUAUCAAUUUUCAACUACUGAUACAAAAGUGUGCACUUCUGCUAACUGCAGUUCCUCAUUAGACAUUCUGGACUUUCUUGAUGGGGUCGAACAGAAGUCAAAACUUGUGAACUCUCAACCACACAAAGGUGAUCUGACCCCAGACCCAAGACUUGUUUCCCCUCCAAAAAAACCAACUCUAACAUCACCAACUCCUGAGAAAAGAUUCUAUCCCCACAAGCUGUACUGAUUGUACAAACCAAUUAAAAUCAUCGUUUCAAGUCGAGGAAUAAGUGAGGUAGUACUUUAGGUUUUGUUUGGUUUUCAUCUGAGGAAAUAUUGGAUUUCAUAGUUUUACUGGACAUAAAAAAUUUUCAUAUUGGUUUGUAUAAAUGACACCUUAACAUUUUGAUGGAUUCUCUCUUCUUGGGAGAGGCAUGGAUGACUAU